AUGGAAGACUCGGACUGUGCCAACCCCCAGUUCCUCGCCUGGGUCAAGGAGUGGCUGGACGUUGCCAGAGAACGCAACUCCAAAGGCAUCACUGCGUACAAAAACGCCUAUGAGUCGCUCAAAGCAUGUCCCAUUCCGUUUGAGCAUCCCGCAUCGCUUCAGCAACUCAGGGGGUUCGGCCCCAAGCUCUGCGAGCGCCUCGAGGACAAACUCAAGGUCUACUGCCAACAGAAUGGACUGCCGAUGCCGCGGCAUCCUCGAGUGAGAAAAGCUAACGACAGAUCUCUCAACGAGCAAGCCGGAGAUGGUACAGAGUCACGACCCAAGAAAGCAAGGCAGCCCAAGGCAUACGUCCCUGCGUUUCGAUCGGGAGCCUACGCCCUGAUAGUAGGCCUCUCCGAUCUUCCAGAGGAUGCAUCGUCCAGCUUGACCAAAGCAGAGCUCAUAGAGACCGCCCAGCCGCACUGUGACGCCUCAUUCACUGCACCUAGUGACCCGACAAAAUUCUACACCGCUUGGAGCUCGAUGAAGACGCUGAUGCAAAAAGAGCUGGUCUACGAAAGAGGACGGCCUCUACGCCGAUAUGCAUUGACGGAUGAAGGAUGGGCCGUCGCAAAGCGAAUCAAGGAGACAUCUCUAUGGCAGGAAGAAAAUGCCGUCAAUGAGCAAUCAGAACCAAGACCUCGGCCGCAGCCGUCAGCCGCACCGGCAGUGGCAGAUGCAGUCGUGAUCUUAGACGAAGAAGACGAUGCCCCACUCAUCAUCAACGAGCCUUCGUUCUAUCAUAACGUUGUCUCAGACGGCCCUAUUGUGUUGGAGGGAGAUGAUCUGCCCAGCUUCACCCCGAUCAGGAUCCCACCUGGGUCCUUUACCGUUCAAUUAGUCCUCGACGUUCGAGAGGUCAGAGCGAAAACAGAUCGUGACUAUAUGCAGGAGGAAUUGGUCAAGCAGGGGGUAAAGCCGAUCAUGAGGAGUCUAGAGCUUGGCGAUGUCCAAUGGGUUGCCAAAUGCAACGAUCCUACGCUUUUAACGAGGUACGGCGCCGAAGGAGAUGAGAUUGUCCUGGACUGGAUCGUCGAAAGGAAACGCUUGGAUGACUUGAUCGGGAGUAUAAAGGACGGCCGGUUCCACGAGCAAAAGUUUCGACUCAACAGAUCUGGCGUGAGAAAAGUCAUCUACCUCAUCGAGGAAAUCUCCAUGGAUCAGGCCGCAUAUCAGAGAUACGAAGAAGCGGUGCAGUCAGCCAUUGCGUCGACACAAGUGGUUAAUGGCUACUUUGUAAAGCGAACACAGAAGAUUGACGACACCAUCAAGUACCUGGCGCGGCUGACUGCGAUGCUCAAGCGCAAGUAUGAGAACAAGCACCUCAAUGUCAUCCCGACGAGGGUCAUCACUGCGCAGAAUUACUCGCGCCUACUCCAGCAUCUCCGCGAGAGAGAACCGUCAGUCGGAUACCACGUUACUUAUCCUGCGUUUGCGUCGCUGGCCUCCAAAUCAGAGACAAUGACGCUCAGGGACGUCUUCCUCAAAAUGCUCAUGACCACCAAAGGCCUCACAGGAGAGCGUGCGCUCGAGAUUCAGCGCAAAUGGAAUACACCAUACGACUUCGUCAAGGCAUUCCACGCCUGUGGCACGGGCGAACAAGGCACAAAGCGAAAGAGGGAACUUGUAGCCAGCGAACUGAGCCACUUGGUCGGUCGAAGAAAGAUCACCAAGCAGCUGAGUCACAAGAUCGCCGAGGUCUGGGGGGACGCUUAG